AUGGGGGAUCUGGCCAAAGUUCAUACAAACGCCUUCACAUUGGAUUACGCGCAGUUUUACUUUAGACCGGUGCCAAUUAGUGGCCAACAGCAACAACAACAGCAGCAGCAGCAGCAACAGCAGCAGCAGCAGCUAGUGCAGCAACAAUUGCUAGCACAACAGCAGCAACAGCUGCAAAUCCAACAGCUACAGCAACAAUUGCUGCUGCAACGACUUGAACGGGAGUUGCAGCAGCAACAUCAGCAAUUUCUGUACAAUCAAAGACAGAAUAAUAUACAAAGACAUCGACAUUGGCUCACAGGCAGCAGUAAUCCGUACGAAUUACAUCAGCAAUAUCAUCAGCAGCAGCUGCAGUCACAGCCACAGCAGCAAUAUAUACAACAGCAAUUGUUGCAGCAGCAUCAACAUCAAUUGCUGCCACCACCACCACCGCCGCCGCAACAUCAGCAGCAGCACCAACAGCAACUGCACCAGCAGCAGCAGCAGCAGCAACAACAACAACAAUAUAGUUACUAUUUCAGUCGAGGCAGCAGCAGCACAACCAGCUCCGGUCUGGGUCUGGGUUUGGGUUUAGGAUUUGCUGGUCUGGGCAGCAGCAACUUAGCCAGCUGGUAUCAUCUGCCCUCCACAUCGGCACACAUCUAUAUUGGCACCACCGCCAGCAGUGGUGGUGUAGGAGCAGCCACCUCUUAUCCCUAUCGUCAUUUGACUGGCAGCUACACUGGCGGAGGUUAUCCAGCAGCGGCUCUAAUCAACUUCGAUGCCUCACCCACACCGCUCUUAGCUUCAGCGGGAAGUUCUCCUGGUUAUUUACCGCCGUUACCUGUGCCACCAGCAUUACCACCACCGCCGCCGGCGCCAAGUGUAGCCACUGACUAUUAUUUCGCCACCAGUCGGAGUACACGGACAUUGCCAGCCGAUCCCUUUCAGACAUACACAGCAGCAGCGGCAGCAACAGCAGCAGCGGCAGCAGCAGCAGUCGCACAGGCAGCGCCAGUAACAGCAGCAACUGUUGCCGCCGCCGAGGACUUGCAAACUGGCGGCUUUCGUUAUAAGGCCACGCCCCGAAGGCGCUACGACGCCUACGAUAAUUACGGCUAUUUGCCAGGCAUUGCCAGCACCACCGAAGACGACGACGAAGUCGAUCUCGAAGAGGAAGAAUAUCUGCUCGAAGGGACGCUGCCAGCGGCAUUACUGUCAACCGAUUGCGAUAGCCUUGAAGAGGUGCGAUUUCUGCAACAUCUUGCAGAGGAAGACGAUACCGGAGACGCGGACGACGAGAUUAUCUUCAAUCAUAGUGAGCCGGCGCCACGUCUGCCGGAUUUUUUGCGCUCAUAUAGAAAUAGUGAAGGUUUCAUCAUCGGCCACAAAACGCCGCCGCAACAAGAAUACCAAACGGAGCACGGGGGAGGCUCAGGUUCAGGUGGAGGAGGAGGAGGUGGUGGCACUGGCAGCGUAGUUGCCACUCCAGCUGGUACACAAUCGCAGCGUGAAACGCCGGAUCAACAAUACCAUCAAUACCAACAACAACAACAACACCAACAACAGCAGCAGCAACAACAUCAUCAUCAGCAAUAUCAUCAUCAACCGCAACAACAAUAUCAUCACCAGCAGCAACAACAGCAGCAACAACAACAACAUCAGCAACAUCAACAAUCACAACAGCAAUCAUACCAUUCCUAUCAAUAUCCAUCGCACGACAGUUGCGAAGGCUUCAAUCAUUUUGCAAACGACGCCAGCAGUUGUCUGGGCAAUCAAAGAAUGAUGGUUAGUAAAUUGUGGAACAGUUGCUUCCCGGAGUUCACACCGGAUCAUGUCCAUCGUCACAAUUUCUAUCUCUGUCAGUGGCAACGCAACACACAAGUCCGGAUAGUCUAUCUAUUCUAUCGCUGGAUCACAGCCAUCACCUGUUUGGCAGCACUCGUUUGCUCCCUAUUGGAUAUUGGACGCACUGAUGAAACUCAUUAUGAGAAUCAUUAUGCCAAAUGGUGGAUAUAUCUAACCCACUGGGGAUUACUCUUUUGCACGGUACAAGCAUGGCUGGCCGCCUGGAUAGUCACCCAGGGCAUGAUGGUGGAACGUGAAGAUUUCGAGAUUGUGCGUCAGGCCAAAAAGAGUCGAUUACAUCAUUUAUAUUGGGUGCUCUACACCUGUGCCACAGUCUAUGCCUUCAUUGUCACAAUGUGCUAUUGGGGGCUGGUUCACAGCAAAGAUAAUAAGGAUAGAAUCGAUGCUCUAAAUAUUAUGGUACAUGUGUUAAACUCAAUUAUAAUGCUCAUCGAUUUGGCAAUUGUCGGUCAUCCGAUUAAGAUGAGUCAUGCAUAUUUUACCACUGGCAUUGGACUGGCUUAUGCCAUAUUUACAGGAAUUUAUUUCUUGGCCGGCGGCACAGAUAGGAAAGGAAAAACUGCCAUCUAUCCGAUGAUGGACUGGACCAAACCGGGCAAGGCCAUCAUUGUGACAGCCUGUGCCAUAAUUUUCACCUUUUUUGUGCACUUUUGCUGUUAUCUACUCUACCGCGGCCGUGUCUGGCUCUUUACCAAGCUCUGCAUACGCGGUCGCCAUAAUCGUGAUGGCGAGCUGGGCGAAGGACUCAACGAUGAUUCGGGCUCCCGCAUGGGCGGCGGCCUUGGAGGAGGUGGAGGCAUAAGUGGCGGUGGCGGUGGUGCUGGUGGUUCGCUUGGUGCCGCUGCUGGUAUUGGUGGUGGUGGUAGUCAAGAAUAUGCUCAUCAGCAGCAAUAUCCCAUUGCGCAUACUGAGCAGCCGCGUCAACAACAACAGCAGCAGCAACAGCAGCCGCCAGCAAGUUACCAAAUGCCGCCCCAGUAUUCGGGUUAUCUUCAACAGCCAGUUGUUGCUGGGGUCAAUGUUGGUGUCAUUAGUGCCGAUGGUGUCUAUCAGCCGAUUGGAACCGAUUCUGGACGCACUAGUGGUGGAGGCGGCGGCGGCAGCGGAGGCGGCGAUGGCAAACACAAAUCAUCAUCUGGCAGUGCAUCUGGUUCCAAUUCGGCCUUGACACGCACUGUGGCCCAUUUGGAUGCCUCGCAGCGUGAACAGUUCCUUAAUCCCAAUAAGAUUGUCGAGUAUAAGAUGUAAAGGCGUUGCACCCGGCACCGGUAUACGUUCCACUUGUCCAUGAAAUUUCUGGAGAAGCAUUGUGCCCAAUGUGAGGAUCAAUGCUCUGCCAUCAAUGAGGAGCAAUGCCACUUGGCCAUGUCCACGCAUGUGCACAGUGGUUGAAAAACUCUUGAUUUGAAUGUUUUUUUUUUUUGGGAAUUAAACUCUCUCGUAUAUUGUAUAUUGUAUGCAAGAUUCAUUGCCUGCCAGCCAGGUAAAAGGUAACAUCGAUUAGCCAAUCGAUAUAGCCAUAUAUCUGGCUUCAGUAGUUUUGCUGUAAAACUAUAAAUGUAGUUUCGUAAUUUUAUAAGUGUAGAAAUGUUUUGUGGAAACAAUUUUUAUUUUUAUGUUCAUAUUUAGAAUGUUGCAAAGAUUAUAGAAAUCUGCAAUGUUUGUAAGCUUUGUAAAGAGAAACGCAGCACCCAUAGAGCACAGUGGGUGAAAUUAAAUAGUUAUAACAUAAAUAGAAGCCUUUUAAACCCAGACCUCAGAAAAGACAGAGUUUGUAUAAAAGUCGCAAGGAUCAAAAAACCAACUUUUGAAUCCAACUAUUUCCUCCCAAAGCAAAAUUUCCAAUUUUAUUUCAUUUUUAUUUUUUUUUUUAAAGUUUGAGAGUUAAUUUGAACUUCCAAUAGUAACGGUAUUCAAUAUUAAUCAACACUGGUCCUUAAAUCCACAAUUUUUCAAUAGUUUUCUACACUGAAAAGUUAAAAAACCUCCACUAAAUAAUUAUCUUAAUUUUAUCCACUGUGCUUUAUAUUAAAAAAAAAAAAAACUGAAAUGCUUCAAUUCGAUGUAAUACACAAACAUUUUUUCGUUCCUAUUCCAAAGUGAAAAUUUCAAUAUUUUCACAGGGCAGACAAAUGUUUGGCAUUUGCCUAAAAGUAUUUAGAAAUAUUUAGAAAAAAAUAUACACCAAAAAAAUUGUAUGGACUAAGUUGAACAUUCUUUAAUAUGUUACAACUAAAGCAAGAACAUAUUCUUACCUAUUAUUUAUAAUUAAACACAUUUAAAACUAUUUAAUCUAUCAAUUAUUGACAUUUGGCAAAAACUAAAGAAAUAUUGACACACAUCAACUGCCUAAAAAUUAUAACACUCCACAUUUUUUUAAUUU